AUUACACGUACGUACACACACAAAAUCAUAGUCGUGAUAAAUUGCAUAAACAAAUAAUGACUAAUAAAUAAAUCGAAUUCCUAACUGACUAAAGCAAGAAUUCAAUAAAAUAAAAAAUAUAUAUUUAUAGAGAGACACGUCUAAGCUAAAACCAUGGAGACGAAGAUUCCAGUAAGAGAAGUAACGGCAACAAAGGUAUUUGUGAUAGAGAAUGCAGCUGAGGGUGCCUCAGCUUCUCCUGCUGGGCCAUUUGUUCCUGGUGCUGGUGGAGAAGAAGUGUUUGGAAUUGGUGAUGAAGGAGAUGGUGAUGGAGAAGAAGUGGUUGUAGGGGAGGGUGCUGGAGAAGAAGUUGUUGCAGGAGAAGGUGUUGGUGAUGUGUUUGUGGAGGGUGAUGGAGCAGGUGCUGAAUUGGGUGAUAAUGAUCGGGUAGGUGCGGGUGCAGGAGCUUGUUGUGCUAUGCAUGAAGUAGCCAACAACCCCAAUAUCACAAACACUUUGAUUGCAACAGAACCCAUGUUUUUAUAUGUUUUUUUGAUAGAGAAGAAUGUUUAA